AUUAUCUUCUGUUCCCGCGCCUAUUCUUUUGGCCAACACUGAAUCGAUUGUUCCUUCUUCCCAAUGUGGUACAUCAUUUAGAUGAUGAAGAACAGCGCGUGGAUGAUUUCUGACAUGUGGUACGCGUAACCUUUAAUAAAGAAAAUCAUUUUGAUGAGUGGACGAUUUGGAAAGAUUCUAUAAAAAAAAGAGCUUACCCGGGUACCCAAUUAUAUGUCGACAGCUUGAACAAGAACAUCUUUGAAUUCUUUAAAAAGAUGAGUGAUAUGAUAAGCAGCAAAAUUUAUAGGGAGAAUGUUUCGAAGGAAGAAAAACUUUUUAUGAUUCAUCCUAUUACUCAAUUGCCGGUAUUGUGAGAGAAAUCAAUGAGUUAGUAAGCGCUGGCGAGGAUGUGGAUGUGGAGUGUGGUUAUGGGUGAUUUAACGUCAACAUAAGUCACUCUGUGACGCCACCUCUGUUUACUAUUUGUUAUUGGUUUUCUUUUCUCCUAUUUAAUGUAUCUUGUGGGUACCGUUUAAGACAAAUGCACGAGUUAAGGGAGAACAUGGACGCCAUGAUGAAGGCAUGAAUGGAGAGAUAGGAUUGGGUAAAGAUUUUUCAAGUAGAAAUCAUUACAAUUAGUGAUGAUUCACACUAAAAACGUCGGAGCUUUUUGGAUAGCAUGAAAAUAAUAAUGAAAUAUUAGUGAAAAUGAGUCAAGAAAAAAUAGGAAGAAAAAAAGAUACAACUAUAGAAGAACGACGCCCUCCUUUGUUUAUCAUAUACAGAACACGAAAAAAAAUCUAUUGGCGCAUCUGUACAACCACUAUCUGAGCAAAACAAUAGAGAGUCAAAUAUAGGUGUCAUAUAAGCACAGUUCAUUGAUGUUGACACUCAUAAGAGAGGUAAUAUAUCAAAGAUGCUUGAAUCUAUUAAUUAAGAGAGGAUGUUUGAACAAUUUCAUAUAAUUCUAUGAUAAAGAGAAAUAAGAAGAAAUAAAGAAAGGGGUGGGUGUGCGUGUGGGUGUCGUGUGAGGGUGUGGAUGUGGGUGUCCACGAUCUGCUUUCAUCGAUAACCACACGCACACUCAGACCCCCACACCCACACCCACCCAAAUCAAACUCUUGCUUAUUUAUUUAUUUAUUUAUAAAUUUGAUCAAUCACCUCAAUUAAAUAGUUCAAUUAAUCUUAUCGAUGGAUGGACACUUUUUUGUCCUUCAAGUUAGUUUUUGAAUAAUAGGCAUGUUCCAUGAAAAAACUAUCUUAAGAAGGGCUGAAUGUAUCGAGUUGUCUUCUGGUUUUUAAGGAUUUCUCGACGUGCACUUUCUUUUGUCUAGCGGAUAGUUUUGUCCAAAAUGCUCGGAAGUAAUUUUUCUAGAAAACCGUGGUUUUGGAACCAAUGGUUGCGAAAGUCCUUUUGUUUUAACAGUCCAUAAUAAUAGAGUAACGAAUUCGCUACAAAAUGAGAUGUUUCCGAGCUUUCUACGACUUUUUUUAGCCAAGUUACAUCAAUUUUAGUAAAGGGCAAAAGCCGUUUUUUUCCAGAGGAAAUAGCAGAAAAAAUGGUUUUUGCCUUUCACUAAAAUUGAUGUAACUCGACCAAAAAAAGUUGUAGAAAACUCGGAGACAUUUCAUUUUGUAGCGAAUUCGUUACUCUAUCAUUGCAGGCUGUUAAAACAAAAGACUUCCACAACCAUUGGUUCCAAAACCACAGUUUUCUAGAAAACCUACUUCCAGGAAUUUUAGACAAAAGUGUCUUGUAAACAAAAGAAAGAGCACGUCGAGAAAUCCUUAAAAGUCAGAGGACAAUUCGAUACGAUCAGCCCUUCUUAAGAUAGUUUUUUCAUGAAAAACGUCUAUUAAGUUUUUUAAUUUUCUAAUUGUAGAUUUACAUAAUGAAAGUCUUUAUAAAUAUUUUAUUAAUAAUGAACAAACAUCUGGACAUCAAUCAUUAAUAUUUGGUUUACGAGAAUUAAAUUCAACAGAAAUUUUUCAAUUUUGUUUGGAAAAUUCUUCAAUUAUUAAUCCACCUAUAACAAAUCAACCAUUUUA